UCAACAUCCGUGUACAGUUUAGACGAGUGAUUCGUGCAGUUGCAUUAAAGACUCAGCACGAACGACUCUUCACCAUUUACAGCCAAUUUUUUUUAUAAUUUAAUUUUACAACUUUCUCGCAACACAUUCUAAAAAAAUGCGUGAGUGUAUCAGUGUACACAUCGGCCAAGCUGGUGUACAGAUCGGUAAUGCCUGUUGGGAACUGUACUGUGUCGAACAUGGCAUUCAACCAGACGGACAAAUGCCAAGUGACAAGGCUAUGGGAGUUGCAGACGACUCUUUUAAUACAUUUUUCAGCGAAACUGGAGCGGGAAAACACGUGCCACGUGCAGUUUUCGUCGACUUAGAACCAACUGUAGUGGAUGAAGUCCGUAAUGGUAGCUAUCGACAACUUUACCAUCCUGAGCAGCUCAUCACAGGUAAAGAAGAUGCUGCUAAUAACUAUGCCAGAGGACAUUAUACCAUUGGGAAAGAGAUAGUCGAUCUUGUUUUGGAUCGUGUACGCAAACUUGCCGAUCAAUGCACUGGUUUACAAGGUUUCCUCAUCUUUCACAGUUUUGGAGGAGGAACCGGUUCCGGUUUCACCUCUCUUUUAAUGGAGAGACUUUCUGUCGAUUAUGGCAAGAAAUCAAAACUCGAAUUUUCUAUUUAUCCUGCACCACAGGUUUCCACAGCUGUAGUAGAGCCUUACAACUCCAUCCUCACCACUCAUACCACUCUAGAACAUUCCGACUGUGCUUUUAUGGUCGAUAAUGAAGCCAUUUAUGAUAUCUGCAGACGUAAUUUAGAUAUCGAACGUCCUAGUUACGCCAAUUUGAAUCGUUUGAUCAGCCAGAUCGUUUCCUCAAUCACAGCAUCUCUUCGCUUCGAUGGUGCACUCAAUGUCGAUUUGACUGAAUUCCAAACUAACUUGGUGCCUUAUCCCAGAAUUCAUUUCCCUCUGGUGACGUAUGCACCUGUCAUAUCCGCCGAGAAGGCCUAUCACGAACAAUUAACAGUGGCAGAAAUUACCAAUGCCUGCUUCGAACCAGCCAAUCAGAUGGUGAAAUGCGACCCACGUCACGGAAAAUACAUGGCUUGCUGCAUGUUGUACCGAGGCGAUGUCGUGCCUAAAGACGUCAACGCAGCCAUAGCCGCCAUCAAGACCAAGAGAACUAUCCAGUUUGUAGACUGGUGUCCAACCGGUUUUAAGGUUGGCAUUAACUAUCAACCUCCUACCGUUGUACCUGGUGGUGAUUUGGCCAAGGUACCACGUGCCGUUUGCAUGCUUUCCAAUACCACUGCUAUUGCUGAAGCAUGGGCACGAUUGGAUCAUAAAUUCGAUCUUAUGUAUGCCAAGAGAGCUUUCGUUCAUUGGUAUGUAGGAGAAGGUAUGGAAGAGGGUGAAUUCUCUGAAGCUCGUGAAGAUUUGGCAGCUCUUGAGAAGGAUUACGAAGAAGUUGGAAUGGACUCCAGCGAUGCUGGAGAUGAAGGAGAGGAAUAUUAAAAAUUCACUCUUAAGAAGUAUAAAAGUUGCAAUAAAAUGUUUUAAACUGCU